AUGCCGCUGGCCGAUUCCCAAAAGGAUCUCCGCCAGCAGCAGCAGCAGCAGCAGCAGGAGACAUCCCAGCAAACUGGCAACCAUGAGAACCACGAGAUGCUCCAACAGCAGCAACAGCAGCGCAAUGCAAUGGGCCUGCAGCUGCGCCAGCGCCUUCAGAUCACCUCAUCCGGCUGCAGCAGCCUGGCGGUCACGCCCAUGGAGCACACACCCACCGAGGACGAUGAGAGCGGUGCCGGCAGCAGUGGCAAUAAUAAUGGUAAUGGCAAUGGCAAUGGUGCUGUGCUGACCACGGUGACAUCAUCGCAGCGCCGGCAACAACAGGUGCAGCAAUCCGCCUUACAGGCAGCGCUAGAACAGCAUCACAUCUCGCCCAAGCAGGGACAACAGCGGAGCAGUAGUCACGCCCAAAAUCGUAACCUUUGCUGUCCACCGCCCGAGCUGAUGGAGCUUAGCGAUUCGGAGUCACAGCAGGGAGCUGGCGGCGGCGGCGGCGGCGGCGGCGGCGGCGGAGGAGGAGCAGGAGGAGCUGAAGGCACUGCCCUAGCCCUCGACGAGAACGAGUUCGAGCUGAAGGAGGUUAUCAAAGAGGGUCACGACAAGGCCGAUCCCUCCCAGUUCGAACUGUUGCGCGUUUUGGGCGAGGGCAGCUUUGGCAAAGUGUUCCUUGUCCGCAAAAUAAUUGGCAAAGAUGCGGGUACGCUGUAUGCCAUGAAGGUGCUUAAGAAGGCCACCUUGAAGGUCAAGGAUCGUGUUCGGAGCACCAAUGAGCGCAAGAUCCUGGCCGAUGUCGGUCACGCCUUCAUUGUUCGCCUGCAUUAUGCGUUCCAAACGCCGGGGAAGCUCUAUUUGAUUCUGGAUUUCCUGCGCGGCGGUGAUCUCUUCACGCGCUUGUCCAAGGAGGUCAUGUUCACCGAGGAGGAUGUCAAAUUCUAUUUGGCUGAACUGGCGCUGGCCAUGAAUCAUCUGCACACGCUGGGCAUUAUUUACAGGGAUUUGAAGCCGGAGAAUAUACUAUUGGAUGAGCAUGGUCAUAUAGCUCUCACGGAUUUCGGCCUCUCGAAGCAACCUCUGGAUGGAUCCAAGACAUAUAGCUUCUGUGGAACGGUGGAGUACAUGGCUCCAGAGAUUGUGAAUCGAAAGGGACACGAUUUUGCCGCCGAUUGGUGGUCAUUUGGUGUCCUCAUGUACGAGAUGCUAACGGGGAAUCUACCCUUUCAUGGCCAGACGCGACAGGAGACCAUGAAUCAGAUACUGAGAAGUAAACUGGGCAUGCCCGAGAAUCUCUCACCGGAGGCACAAUCUCUACUGCGAGCUCUGUUCAAAAGGAACCCUUUAAAUCGUUUGGGAGCCGGUGCCCAGGGUAUAUUGGACAUUAAGGCGCACUGUUUCUUUGCCACCAUCGAUUGGGUGAGGCUGGAGCGAAAGCAAGUGCGUCCACCCUUUAUACCCGCUGUAAGCCGUGACGAUGCCUUCUACUUUGAUGUGGAGUACACAUCGAAAUCGCCGCGAGACUCACCCGGCGGACCCAUAUCCGCCUCUGCGCAUGAAAUCUUUCGAGGCUUUAGCUUUGUGGCACCUGUGCUGCUAGAGGGUCAGUGCAUCACAUCGUCAAAUAGCUGCUCCACCAGUGCCAGUCCUCUGCAUCAUAAUAUUGCCGUGGCUGCCGCCUCUGCUGGUGCCACUGCUCCUCCUCCUCCUGCUGCUACUGCUGCUGCUGCAAGUGCUCCUCGCAGCCUACCGGGCGUUCUGCCCGGUAACUUCCAUGCCGAAUACAAUCUGCUACAGGAACUGGGACGCGGCACCUUCUCCGUGUGCCGUCUGUGCGAACAUCGAGCCUCCAAGAAGCAUUAUGCCGUCAAGGUGAUUGAAAAGGCAGCGGUGGCUGCUGCAUCUGCUGCCUCCACAUCCGCCGAUUGCUGGGAGGAAGUGGAAAUAAUGCUGCGGUAUGGCAAUCAUCCAAAUAUUGUUACCCUAUACUCGGUUUACGAGGAUGCAGGCUCUGCGUAUCUGGUGAUGGAGCUACUAAAAGGUGGCGAACUCCUAGAUCGCAUCCUGGCCGUGGGUCAAAUGUGUGAAAGCGAAGCGAGCGCUGUGCUACGAACCAUAGCAUCCGCGGUGGCCUAUCUCCAUGAGCAUGGUGUAGUGCAUCGGGAUCUAAAACCUUCGAAUAUGAUUUAUGCGAGCAUGCGUCAGACACCGGAGACCCUGAAGCUAUGCGAUUUGGGCUUCGCCAAGCAGCUGCGAGCUGACAAUGGACUCCUGAUGACGCCCUGCUACACGGCUAAUUUUGUGGCUCCGGAGGUGCUAAAACGUCAGGGUUAUGACCUGGCCUGCGACAUUUGGUCACUGGGUGUCCUGCUUUACAUCAUGCUCUCGGGUCGAACGCCCUUUGCCAGCACUCCCAAUGAUUCACCCGAUGUGAUAUUGAAACGGAUUGGCUCCGGGCACAUAGAUUUUGCCAGCAGCCGUUGGGCUUUGAUCAGUGCACCCGCAAAGGAGUUACUUCGUCAGAUGUUGCACAUUGUACCCGAGAAUCGACCAACGGCAGCGCAGAUACUAGAACAUUCAUGGUUGCGAGAACAGUUUGCCAGUGGUGUCCAGUUGACGGAGUACGCUGUGGCACCCGGUUCACAGUCACAACUCUCGCUGGGCGCUCAGCAGCAGCAACAGAAUCACAUUUCGAUGGCAUUAAGGGGUGCAGUGGAUGCCACAUUUCGGGCUAUUGCCAUACCCCAGGCGGCGAAUGUGGGACCCGUGGAGCUAUCCAUGCUGGCCAAGCGACGGGCCAAGGAUCGUGCCAAUCUGCAUUCGUAAUCGUGGGCAAGCGUGGCAACCGGGUGCAUGCGGCGCCUGGCCAAGAGGCAGCUAAUCCAAUUACUUUUCCGGCUCUACAGUAUUCUGAUCCAUUGCUGGGCUACAAAACCCUGCCGUCGCAGGAUGGUUAAUGCAGGAGGAGGAGGUCACAAUCCUCGCCAGCGUUGUCGCAGGCACAAGCUGCGAGUGGUUUAAAAGUAUUUUUUUUUUUCUGGACAACCAACAAGUGUUAAUUAUUUAUUUUAUAUACGAAAAGCAUACCGAGGAUGCCAAGGCCAAAGCAAUGUGCGGUGGGCAUCUAUAUAUACAAUAUAAAACUAUAACUUUAAAGAUACAGAUACCGAUAUAUAUAGCUAUUUAUAUAUAUAUAUAUAUAACAAAUCCUUGGAGCCGAGCGUGUGUGCAUCUCAGAUGUAACUCUCCCAGUAUUUUUUUCCCCGAGCUCGAAGUUAAUACCCUCGCACCAAAGACCUUAUAAUAAUAAGAUGCAUAAACCCCAUAUAUUAUAAGGUCUUUGCUUCGCACACUCAAAACAACAAAAAAUCUAUAUAUAUACAUAUAAAAAAAAUCCAAGGCAUACAUAUUUUUAAUUAAAUUAAUCGUAGCUAAAAUUUUCCAACA